GCGGCCAGCCGCGCUCCUGGUCAUGCCCAUCCAUAAUGGCCGCACUCGCGCCCCUGUAGCACCUCAUCUCUGUUCAUGCCAACUUCAUCGCCAAUGUAAGUGCCUCUGCACGUCCUGGGCCCCCGAGUAGACAGAUCCGACGACGACCGCACACCACCUGCAGCCCACGCGUGUCCACGCCCUCAGCCCUCCGAGCUCGCCGGCGGAGGGGACAUCAGUCGCGAGCAUAACCAGGCCACGGAUCGAGCAACUGCGCGAAAGCCGAGGAGAAACUUGCGAUUCAAGAUGAUUAUAUUCGCAAAGCAAUGGCGGACACCGAAGAUCUUCGUCUGGCUUCUCAUAAUCGAGUUUCCGUUGACGGUGGCCUGUCUGGCACUCAUGGGCAUUGCACAACCGAACAAAUACCGCACGAAACUGUGGCAGAAUGGCUUCGACAAAGGCUUUAAUAGUGCGCCCAACUCAAUACUGUACGAUUACGCGAACUGGCGACCGGCACAUACGCCAACAGUGUGGAGUUCUUAUAUGACCGAGUUUAAUGUGGUCAUCAGUCUCGUGAGCAUGUUCGUCCUACUCGUAAAGAGUGCCACGUUCAUCAUGCACAUUUGGAUCCCCGCCUUGAGCGUAUUCGCACAUGCGCUCUUGGUGGCGCUCUACGCGGUGAGCAUCUACAAUCAAUCAGCGGCGGAUAUGAGCGAUCCGGACCACCCUUCGCCUGGAAUGCCAUGGUAUUUGAGCAAAGGCUGUAGCCAUGCGACUCCCGGAAAUCGCAGCUACUGCAUGCAAGCGCGUGCGAGUUUCGCAGUGGUAAUCAUAAUGCUAACCCUCUUUGUGGUCUACCUCGGCCUCAGUAUAUGGAGCUGCAUACCCACACCUGAGGAGCGAGCGGAGCGAGAAGCUGAUCAUCGAUCGGACUUGGAGAUGAAGAAGCUAUCGAUGUAUGGCCUGGACGAUGAUCUUACGAAGGAGGAGAGGAGGGAACACAAUCGACAAUUAUUCUUGAAUCUGCCCAAAACACCGACCGGCUUUGGCACGUAUAACAAUCCCAUGACGCCUCGAACUACUGCUUUUACGCAGCUAAACGGAGCGCCUAUGAGCCCGGGUGCGUUACCGCUGCGAGACUUUCAUGCUGCGCAAAACGUUGAUGGCAGGUGAUCGAAAGUGGAGGCUUAGUUCUGUGCAAAGUAUGACUGUAUAUAUGAUGAUCAUGAAAUGCUUCACGCUGCGAAC